AUGGUAGAUGAAGCUUAUCAUGAUUCUCUGUUUGAUGAGGAUAUAGUUGCAAUAGAUGGAGAAGGCGAUCCUAUAUUUAUAGAUGCAGAGGCAGCCCUAGCAAGAGGUGUAAUUAUUGAACCCACAGUAGGAAUAACAUUUAUUGACGAAGAUGAAGCUUAUGAUUAUUAUAAUAAGUACACAAAAUUGGUAGGGUUUGCUAUAAGAAAGGGAAGAACCAUUUGGAAACAUGGUAGAAAAAUUGGUCAGAUUAUAGAAUGUUGUAGGCAAGGUUUUCGUAAUCAGAUAUAUGGUAGGAGUGAAAAUGCUCGGCCCUACACAAAAUGUGGAUGUCAGGCAAGUAUCCGCAUUAAGAAGAAUGAGAAGUAG